AUGAAGGGAUUUAUUGGAGGAAUCCCCGUGGCACUGCUGGCAGUUGCUGCCCAGGCCCAGUUCGUUGAGCGUCAAGAGCAUGGCAACCACCCUCAGACUGGUGCAACUGUCAUUGGUGGUCCAUCUGGCAAUGAUCAUGGCACCUUCGCGAGCCCCUACUCAGCCCACGUCAAGGUCAACAGCCAGGUUCAUGAGUACAGCCACGACGACCACUCCAUCAACCUGAACCAAAAGCAUGUGUACGGUGGUCCCCGGGGUGCGAAGGGUCCCCACGCGCCUGGAUUGGGACAUUUCCAGAAGCGAGGUGCCCCCAACGGUGGUACUGCUAUUGGCGGUCCCUCCGGCGAUGAUGAGGGCCAGAGUUUCGAGAUGCCGAUCACUGGGAUCUUCAACACCGAGGUGAACGAUUUCAACAAGGACGACCACUCAAUCCGCAUUAAGCACAAGGAUGUGCACGGUGGUCCCCGGGUGCCUGGACGGGGACAUUUCCAGAAGCGAGGUGCCCCCCACGGUGGUACUGCUAUUGGCGGUCCCUCCGGCGAUGAUGAGGGCCAGAGCUUCGAGAUGCCGAUCACUGGGAUCUUUAACACCGAGGUGAACGAUUUCAACAAGGACGACCACUCAAUCCGCAUCAAGCACAAGGAUGUUCACGGCCGUGGUCUGGCCGUUGAGUCAUUCGAGAAGCGUUACGGGCCUCACGAGGGCUCCCACACACCUCAUGGACCAGAAGACUUCCCCAACGCGCCUCACGGAGGCACCGCUAUUGGUGGCCCCUCAGGCAAUGACGGUGGCCAAAGCUUCAGCGCUCCCAUCACCAUUUACACCAACACUGGGGUGAAUACGGACAAUCAGGAUGAUCACUCUAUUGAUCUCAACCACGAAGAUGUCCACUACCGUCGUUCCGAGAACUUCGGCCGCCCCGCUGGUCACUUUGAGCCUCACCCGGAGCCUCACUUCGAGAACCACCCCGAGACUCACUACGAGCCUCACUACAGUCCCAGCUACAAGCCUCACUACGAGCCCCACACCUCGGUUGAGAACCACCUGACCGAUCUGAAGAACCUCAAUAACGGUCCUUCCGCUGGCAGCAUCAAAUUUGGCCGUCGUGGAGUCCCUGGUGGUCACUUUGAGCCCCACCCAGAGCCUCACUUCGAGAACCACCCCGAGACUCACUACGAGCCUCACUACAGUCCCAGCUACAAGCCUCACUACGAGCCCCACACCUCGGUUGAGAACCACCUGACCGAUCUGAAGAACCUCAACAACGGUCCCUCCGCCGGCAGCAUCAAGGUUGGUCCCCGUGGAGUCCCUGGUGGUCACUUUGAGCCUCACCCGGAGCCUCACUUCGAGAACCACCCCGAAUCUCACUACGCUCCCCACUACAGCCCUACCUAUGAGCCUCACUACAAGCCUCACCACUCGCUCCACAAUGAUCUGACCUCCAUCAAGAACUCUAACAAUGGUCCCGCCGUGGGUAGCAUCGAGUUUGGUCGUCGUGGAUUCCCCGCUCGACCUGGUCACUUCGAGCCUCACCCGGAGCCUCACUUCGAGAACCACCCCGAGACUCACUACGCUCCUCAUUACAGCCCUACCUAUGAGCCUCACUACGCUCCCCACCACUCGGUUCACAAUGACCUGACGUCUAUCAAGGACUCCAGCAACGGCCCUGCUGCUGGGAGCAUCGCUUUCGGUCGUCGUGCUUUCGCGCCCACCCGUGAGACCCCUGGCGGUGGCGACACUGUCAUUGGAGGACCUUCCGGAGAUGAUGAAGGAACUUCCUUCUCAGCGCCUACCAACAUUGGUGUGACCACCAAUGUUGACGAAGAGAACGAGGAUGACCAUUCUAUCCAGGACAACUACACCCAUGUACACCCUUCGCAAGCUCCUUCUGAUUCAUAUGAGCACCUCUCCGACGCUCACUACAACUCCCCAGCUGCUCCUGCCGGCGAGGAUGUGAGCGAAAGCCACAACACUCCUGCAACCCCAGCUGCCGUCCACGAGAAUGCCAAAGCCCCCACCGAGGAUCACUCUUCGGGAUCCUCGUCCAGCGCCUUCUCCCCACAGCACGACUCCACUCCAAGUGAUGAGAGCGCAGACUCUCAAUGCUCAGCUGAGACCCGUGAGGUCGUUCGCACUGUGACCAAGACUCACUACAGAACCGCUGAGGCCACCCCUGUGGCUUACAAGUCGGCACCGGUUGCCGAGAUCCACGGUACCCCCGUCGCCAACACCCCCCAACAGUCUCCUGCUGUUGACCCCCGGGCUAGCCACGGCAUGCAGGUCCCUGCUGAGGCCACCCCUAUGGCCUACAAGUCCGCCCCCGUUGUCAACAGCCACGGCACACCUGUCGCCAACACUCCUCAACAGUCCGCUGCUGUUGGCGUUGACGCCAACAUGAGAAACUCCGAGUCUGCUCCUGCCUCUUACUCCAUGAUCCCUGUCCAUGUGCCCAUGGCCACCCCCGCCGUCUCCGGCGCUGUCGCUAUGGCUACCCCUUACAACAUCCAUGGUAUGAUGAUGCCCAGCGGAGUCUCACCUGGGAAGUUCUCCCCCUCCUCAUCCGCGUUUCCAUCAACCUCUCCCGGUGCCAUGUUCGAGGGUUCCGCUGCCCGCACCUCCGGUGGGUUGGCAUCCGCCGCCGCAGCUGUCAUGGGUGUCCUUGCCUUCAUCCUCUAG